CCUCACAGAUCACCACUUUUCCAUCUUGGUUUUUUCUUCGUCUUCGUACAACUUCAAAUCUUAACAUGCCCGCUGCAGACUCAUCAACCGCAUCUAUGGAACAAUCACCUUCAAACCCCGAAUCCGUGAUAUACAACGGUUCAUGCCACUGCCACCGGUUCGAAUUCAAUGUCAUAAACCCCUCUCUUACGGACCCCAGCACCCAGGUCAUCGACUGCAAUUGCAGUAUUUGCACUCGAAAUGGACAUCUGUUGGUCCACGUUCCCGACGCGAACUUUUCGUUUUCAAAAGGCAGCCAGGAAGAACUAAGUAAAUACACAUUCGGGUCGCAUAAGAUUGCGCAUCACUUCUGUCCGACAUGUGGAACAAGUUGCUUCGCGGCAAGCAUAGAUCCAAACUUUUUCUAUGGUAUCAAGGCAGUCAAUGUGCGGACAUUUGAAGGUGUGGAUUUGAAAGCGUUAAAUUUGAAGUUCAUGGACGGGAAGAAUGCGACAAUACCAUAAGCCAUAAGCCAUGGGUCACUGGGUCGGUAGUUGGGGGACUAGUGCGUUUGUUCGACGUUGUCGUAUAAGUAGCGAUUGGCGAGCACUUUAUUUCGUCAACUUUCACACAAUUUCUUUCUCGGAUGUUCUCAAAACAUCGAAAUCCCGAAUCAAAGAUACCAAAAGAGUGG